GUACAUGUCCAAUCAAUUAAGACAGACAGUUACCUUCCUCCAACUACUAGUAAUAUCUUCUCACAAGAAAAAAGAUCUUUGUUUCUUCAAGAAUUGUCUGUUUUCUUGAAUUCUGUUUGAAGCCAUGGCAGAAUUGGAAGCUAAGAAAGUUGAGACUGAGAAAACUGUGGACCCUAACCCUUCUGCUGCCCCUACACCUGCCCCUGCUGCUCCAGAACCAGAACAUGUUGAAGCUCCUAAAGAAGUAGUGGCUGAUGAGAAAGCCAUAGUUGUACCAGCUUUGCCUCCUCCUGAAGAAGAAAAAAAAGAAAAAACUGAUGAUUCCAAAGCACUGGUCGUCGUCGAAAAAGAAGAACCAGAACCUGCUGAGGAGAAAAAAGAGGGAUCUAUUGACAGAGAUACUGUGCUUGCACGAGUUGCAACAGAGAAGAGACUCUCACUAAUCAAAGCAUGGGAGGAAAGUGAGAAAUCAAAAGCCGAAAACAAAGCUCAGAAGAAGGUAUCUGAUAUUGUUGCAUGGGAAAACAGCAAGAAAGCAAACCUGGAGGCUGAGCUCAGAAAGAUGGAGGAAAAGUUGGAGAAAAAGAAGGCAGAAUAUACUGAGAAGAUGAAAAACAAAAUCGCUCUACUCCAUAAGGAGGCAGAAGAAAAGAGGGCGAUGAUUGAAGCUAAACGUGGGGAAGAUCUUCUCAAGGCAGAGGAGGUGGCAGCAAAAUACCGUGCCACUGGAACUGCUCCAAAGAAAAUCCUUGGAAUUUUUUGAAGCAGCAAGCACCAGGUCUUUAUCAAUAGUGAUUGGAAGUUGCAUUUUGUAAAGUUUGUGCUAUUGGAGAUUUUUUCUUGUUAGAUUACGUUGAGUGAUUAUGUAUUUUUGAACCAUUUAUUGUUCAUUAUUACGUGUGCAUAGUGAUGUACUCCAGUGUAUAUAGCACCCGGGCAAAAUUAACUUUGUGGGAUUGUAUGAAAAAAUGUUGAAGAAAAAUCUUUAUGUUAA